AUGGAGUCGGUAAAACAAAGGAUUUUGACCCCAGGAAAAGAGGGACUAAAGAAUUUUGCUGGAAAAUCCCUCGGCCAGAUCUACAGGGUGCUGGAGAAGAAGCAGGAGACCGGGGAGACCAUCGAGCUGACGGAGGAUGGGAAGCCCCUGGAGGUGCCUGAGAAGAAGGCGCCGCUGUGCGACUGCAGGUGCUUCGGUCUGCCACGUCGCUAUAUCAUCGCCAUCAUGAGCGGCCUGGGCUUCUGCAUCUCCUUCGGCAUCCGCUGCAACCUGGGCGUGGCCAUCGUGGACAUGGUCAACAACAGCACCAUCCACCGCGGGGGCAAGGUCAUCAAGGAGAAAGCCAAAUUCAACUGGGACCCGGAGACCGUGGGGAUGAUCCACGGUUCUUUCUUUUGGGGCUACAUCAUCACCCAGAUUCCGGGCGGCUACAUCGCUUCUCGGCUGGCCGCCAACAGGGUUUUUGGAGCUGCCAUACUUCUUACCUCUACCCUGAAUAUGCUAAUCCCAUCAGCAGCCAGAGUGCAUUAUGGGUGUGUCAUCUUUGUUAGGAUACUGCAGGGACUUGUUGAGGGCGUCACCUACCCAGCAUGUCAUGGGAUAUGGAGCAAAUGGGCCCCUCCUCUAGAGAGGAGUAGACUGGCAACCACCUCCUUUUGUGGUUCCUAUGCUGGAGCUGUGAUUGCAAUGCCUUUAGCUGGCAUUCUUGUACAGUAUACUGGCUGGUCUUCAGUAUUCUAUGUCUAUGGAAGCUUUGGAAUGAUCUGGUACAUGUUUUGGCUUUUGGUGUCUUAUGAGAGUCCUGCAAAGCAUCCUACUAUUACAGAUGAAGAACGUAGGUACAUAGAAGAAAGCAUUGGAGAGAGUGCAAAUCUUUUAGGUGCAAUGGAAAAAUUCAGGACUCCAUGGAGGAAAUUUUUUACAUCUAUGCCAGUCUAUGCAAUAAUUGUUGCAAACUUCUGCAGAAGCUGGACUUUUUAUUUAUUGCUUAUUAGUCAGCCAGCAUAUUUUGAGGAAGUCUUUGGAUUUGAAAUCAGCAAGGUUGGCAUGCUAUCUGCUGUUCCACACUUAGUAAUGACAAUUAUUGUGCCUAUUGGAGGGCAGAUUGCAGAUUUUCUAAGAAGCAAGCAAAUUCUUUCAACUACUACAGUAAGAAAGAUCAUGAAUUGUGGUGGUUUUGGCAUGGAAGCAACGCUGCUUCUGGUUGUUGGUUAUUCUCAUACUAGAGGGGUAGCAAUCUCGUUCUUGGUACUUGCAGUGGGAUUCAGUGGAUUUGCUAUCUCUGGUUUCAACGUUAACCACUUGGAUAUUGCUCCAAGAUAUGCCAGUAUCUUAAUGGGCAUUUCAAAUGGUGUUGGCACAUUGUCAGGAAUGGUUUGCCCUAUUAUUGUUGGUGCAAUGACAAAGAAUAAGUCACGUGAAGAGUGGCAGUAUGUCUUCCUGAUCGCUGCCCUAGUCCACUAUGGUGGAGUUAUAUUUUAUGCAAUAUUCGCCUCAGGGGAGAAGCAACCCUGGGCAGACCCUGAGGAAACAAGUGAAGAAAAAUGUGGAUUUAUCCAUGAAGAUGAGCUUGAUGAAGAAACAGGGGACAUUACUCAAAAUUAUAUAAAUUAUGGUACCACCAAGUCUUAUGGUGCCACAACACAAGCCAACGGAGGUUGGCCUAAUGAUUGGGAAAAGAAAGAGGAAUCUGUACAAGAAGACGUACAAGACUCAUACACUUACAAGGACCGAGGUGAUUAUUCAUAA